GAUUAUUCGGAAGGAAGAAUAAGAAGCCAGUUGUCAGGUCUUGUCUUAGCGAAAUACUAGCUUGCAAUAACAAUAUUGUAAUCAUUGGUCAAAUUCAUACUGUUGAAGGCAUUCUAUCAUGGGGACGGACGAUGUUACUAAAAGUGAGAAAAUACGCGAUGGAUUCCAAAUUAAUUGGCUGAUACUCCGGGAUGCUGAUACCGGUAAAAUAAUAUGGCAGGAAAAUAAGGAUUUCUCCAGUUCCGAUGUUGAGCAUGAAGCUCGAGUACCGAUAAAAAUUUUGGAUUUAAGAGCAGUUUCGAGAGAAAUCAAUUUCAGUACGGUAGAAUCGAUGGAGAAUUUCCGAUUAGAUCAGAAGGUUCUCUUCAAGGGGCGCAUUAUGGAGGAAUGGUUCUUUGAAAUGGGUUGGGUAAGUCCAAACACUACCAACACAUGGCAAUCAACAAUUGAAGCUGCGCCAGAGUCACAAAUGAUGCCUGCUAAGGUGCUGAACGGAAACGUGACUAUAGAAACUAGCUUUUUUGAUGGUGAAACGCUGAUCAGUAAAUCGGUCGUGCGGUUGUAUUAUGUCUAAAAGUAAGAUUUUACAUAAUUUUUCAGGGACUACAUUAAUGUAAUCUAUGAAGGCAUUUAAUCUAUACGUUCGAAUUGAACUAAUUAUUGGUGACAUUUAUACUAAAAUAGUAUUUGUUUUUACAUUUCGUCUUCGAUUCACCAGUGCGUUAAGAGUGUAUGUUGAACAGAUAACGCCAUCUAAUGAUUCGACGUAAACCUCGAAACAGGCGUAAAUAAAAUACUAUUUGCUAUUGCACCGGAGUCUAAACUGACGUCUCGAACGAAACAAGUAUUCAAUACUAAAAUAGUAUGCUAUUUAUCCCAAUUGAAAUAAUUGCUGCUUAAAGUCGGGAUAGUGAACAAUAAUAAGUGUUUUAUUUGACUUUGCAAGCACGUUUGCUUUUAUUAUGUUGAUUCACGCCUAAGUGUUCCAAAUUUGUAGUUUUAAUGACAAUUUUAAAUAAGCAUUUAUCAACCGGAAAUAAGAAAUGUAAAAUCUGGCUAGAAGCUUUAGCCGGACGCCAUCGUUGACUUACCAAAAAAUAAUUAGGUAUCUUCAAGGGAUCGUAUUUAACGUACAGACAGUUGUAUAUAGCAAGUAAAAUAAAUCAGUGUGUUAUAAAAUA